UGUUAACUUCUUCCCGGAUAUAUUCAAGGUUAAAGUGCAUCCACGCACUAACCCAAAAACAGUCAACAUGGCGGACGUACUGGAUCUUCAUGAAGCGGGAGGCGAGGAUUUUGCUAUGGAUGAGGAUGACAGCAUUCACAAGUUAAAAGAGAAGGCAAAGCGAAGGAAAGGGAGAGGUUUUGGUUCAGAGGAGGGAGCGAGGUCUAGGGUGAGAGAGGACUAUGAUACAGUGGAACAAGAUGGAGAUGAGCCUGGCCCUCAAAGAUCUGUGGAAGGCUGGAUCCUCUUUGUGACUGGGGUACACGAAGAGGCGACUGAGGAGGACAUCCAUGACAAGUUUGCAGAGUUUGGUGAAAUCAAGAACCUACAUCUUAAUCUGGACCGAAGAACAGGUUACCUCAAGGGUUAUGCGUUGGUUGAGUAUGAGACGUACAAGGAGGCCCAGGCAGCCAUGGAGGGAUUAAAUGGCCAAGACAUGAUGGGUCAGCCGAUUAGUGUGGAUUGGGGCUUCGUCAGGGGACCACCCAAGAGCAAGAGGAGGGGUGGUGGACGCAGACGCAGUCGGAGUCCAGACAGGAGGCGGCGUUGAUCUCGCAUCAAGUGCCGCCACAUUCGGCACAAUGGCUGUCGUAACCUGCUCUUGAGAGGGUUAUUUUUUUAUUGUUUUCUCUAAUGGUGUCAAAUGGUGAAGGUCACCAAUUGCUAUAGGCUCUAGACACCAAAUGAUUAAUUGUUCCAGCAACAUGUUUGACUAAUACAGUACCAUCCAUGAAACUUUGUUUGCAUAAAAAUCCAUGGUUUUAAGUAAUUUCUUAUAGAACCCUCUUUUUUUCAAGAUUUGAUGUGGUUACGUUUGGUGCAUUUGUGGAGCUGAGUUGUUUUUGUUUUUAUGUAUGGAAAAUAAACCUUUUUACAUGAAUCA